CAUGUGAUUGUUCAAAAUGGCGGCCAUCCUAGUUUUGGUUUCCUCUUGUCUGAUUUUCGUUGCUCUGUGCAAUGGCAGAGAACACUCAGCUCCCUCCGUGGCAUAUAUAUCGUAUGACAACAACAAAUACACAAUUGUCGACAACACCAAUCCGGAUAACUUUGUAGCUAAAGGAGUGUUUCGCAAUGAAGUAAAUAAUACUGGAUGGUCCCUGUUGGAGGUUACGACAUCAGAAGAUUACGAUGAUGAAGUUCAGGCAUAUGCGGCUGGAUUAGUGGAAGGCUACCUGACUGCAGACUUUAUUAAGAUGCAAUGGUACAAUACCAUAGAAGGCUACUGUAGUGAACCCUAUACCGCUUACUGUUCACGUCUACAAACAUACCUCCAACAAAACCUGGACUGGAUGAAUAUGAUGAUCAGUAAAUCCAACUCUGAUCCGUACUGGAAUCAGGUAAAGCUGUUCCUGGUACAAGUGAGUGGCCUUUCCAGUGGCUACUUUUUCCCCCAGUUACAUGUGACAGGACAGCCAACAACCAAGGUUGACCCCAUGGGAAUGUAUUUUAUGCAAAUCGGCGGUGAUCUAGAGGACUUAGAGGAGGCUCUCAACAAAACGACGAAGUCUCGUGUUUUUGGAUCAGGGUCUUGUUCUGCACUCGUCAAACUCCUCCCAGGUGCCAAGGACCUAUUCGUAAGCCACGACACCUGGAGCAGUUAUAUGAGCAUGCUGAGAGUCCUCAAGAAAUAUGACUUCUCUUUCCACAUCUCGCAAGGUAAAACUGUGCCUGGACGUGUGAUGAGUUUUUCCUCGUAUCCAGGAUCAUUGAUGUCCGGGGACGAUUACUACCUCAUCAGUUCUGGGCUGGUAAGCAUGGAGACAACCAUUGGGAACUCCAACGACAAAAUAUGGUUCUAUGUCAAUCCUAAAGACAGUGUUCCGGAGGCCAUCAGGGCAAUGGUCGCCAACCGCUUAGCUAGCGUGGGCAAGGAAUGGGGCGAGAUCUUCAGUCAAAGAAACAGUGGCACUUAUAACAACCAGUGGAUGAUCGUGGACUACAAACAGUUUGUGCCUGGGAAAACAGAUGUCAAGGGAUUGCUUUAUGUUCUUGAACAAAUUCCUGGACUGAUUGUAUUCGAUGACUUGACCGGACGACUUCUAAAUGAAACUUACUGGGCGAGUUACAACGUACCGUACUUUCCUGCCGUUUUUAACGAUAGUGGAAUGCCGGCCAUGGUGAAGAAAUACGGCGACUGGUUUACCUGGGACAAAACCCCACGAGCUCUCAUCUUCAGUCGUGACCAUGGCAAGGUAUCGGAUCUAGACUCCAUGAUCAAAUUGAUGAGAUACAACGACUUUACCCAUGAUCCUCUGUCACGGUGUAAUUGCACACCACCCUACAGUGCUGAGAAUGCAAUAUCUGCUCGAAGUGAUCUGAAUCCUGCGACUGGCACGUAUCCAAUUGGUGCCUUAGGUCAUAGGUCACACGGAGGCACAGACAUGAAGGUGACCAGUGCUGGACUGUUUAAGGAUCACACGUUUGUAACGGUCAGUGGACCCACAUCUGACCAGCAGCCUCCUUUUCAGUGGAGUAAGGCUGACUUUGCCAGUGGCUGUCCUCACGUCGGUCAUCCAGAUCUCUUCAACUUUGACCCCAUCAAGUUUGACGGCACAAUCAACUACAAGUCUUAUCCUUAAAUUAGUUGACCCAAUUCCAUGCUGACCACAAGUCUCAGACAUUGAACAUCCAUGGAGCAUGUUAUCGUGUCAGCUGUGGCCAUAUUGUAAACGUAUAAAUUGUAAAUAGAUAUAUUUUGAUACACUUAAUAAUUAGAUUUGCAUAAUGAUGAAUUGUCACACCCACACUCAGUAAUCUAAGCCUACACUUAGUAAACUUAGCCUCAUUCAGUAAACUUAACAUACUCUUAAUAGUAAACACAGAAAACACUUAGUUACUUAGUAAACAUAGCCUACACUUCAUUACUUAGUCUACACUUAGUAAACUUAGUCUACACAUAGUAAACUUAACCUACACUUAGUAAACUUAGCAUGAUUCAGUAAACUUAACAUACUCUUAGUUACCUAGUAAACUUAGCCUACACUUCAUUACUUAGAUAACACUUAGUAAACUUAGCUUCAUUCAGUAAACUUAACCUACACUUAGUAAACUUAGCCUAAACUUAACCUCACUUAGUAAACUUAGCCUAAACUUAACCUACACUUAGUAAACUUAGCCUAAACUUAACCUCACUUAGUAAACUUAGCCUAAACUUAACCUACACUUAGUAAACUUAGCCUAAACUUAACCUACACUUAGUAAACUUAGCUUAAACUUUACCUACACUUAGUAAACUUAACCUACACUUAGUAAACUUAACCUACACUUAGUAAACUUAGCAAACACUUAGUAAACUUAACCUACACUUAGUAAACUUAACCUACACUUAGUAAACUUAGUCUACACUUAGUAAACUUAACCUACACUUAGUAAACUUAACCUGCACUUAGUAAACUUAACCUACACUUAGUAAACUUAACAUACACUUAGUAAACUUAACCUACACUUAGUCUACACUUAGUAAACUUAACCUACACUUAGUAAACUUAACCUGCACUUAGUAAACUUAACCUACACUUAGUAAACUUAACAUACACUUAGUAAACUUAACAUACACUUAGUAAACUUAACAUACACUUAGUCUACACUUAGUAAACUUAACCUACACUUAGUAAACUUAACCUACACUUAGUAAACUGAGUCUACACUUAGUAAACUUAACCUACACUUAGUAAACUUAACCUACACUUAGUAAACUUAGUCUACACUUAGUAAACUUAACCUACACUUAGUUAACUUAACCUACACUUAGUAAACUUAACCUACACUUAGUCUACACUUAGUAAACUUAACCUACACUUAGUAAACUUAACCUGCACUUAGUAAACUUAACCUACACUUAGUAAACUUAACAUACACUUAGUAAACUUAACAUACACUUAGUAAACUUAACAUACACUUAGUCUACACUUAGUAAACUUAACCUACACUUAGUAAACUUAACCUACACUUAGUAAACUUAGUCUACACUUAGUAAACUUAACCUACACUUAGUAAACUUAACCUACACUUAGUAAACUUAGUCUACACUUAGUAAACUUAACCUACACUUAGUUAACUUAACCUACACUUAGUAAACUUAACCUACACUUAGUAAACUUAGUCUACACUUAGUAAACUUAGUCUACACUUAGUAAACUUAACCUACACUUAGUAAACUUAACCUACACUUAGUAAACUUAACCAACACUUAGUAAACUUAACCUACACUUAGUAAACUCACACUAUCAUGAGUUCUAGCCCUGAUUAGAUUUUGUGGUCAUCGGUCAAGAUUAAGAUGUAAGGCCAAAGGUCAUACUUGACCAUUUAAGAUAAAUGUGUACCUUUGGACAAUUCAGUGUACACAGCUUGUUUACAGAUAAGAAGUUGGAUGAUGAUUGUAUUUAAACAAUGUUGACAUUAAUUAACAUUCCUCUAAUUGACUAAUUACUGCAAAUGCAGUUGUGGGUGUGAAUUUUGUUCCUUUUAAAUCUGCUAUGAUUUUCCCAUCAAUCUAUAUUACCAUUGUUUUAUCUAUCAAUAUAAAAAUUUGAUAAUUGUAGUGUAGAUUUAUAUAGACCAAGGUCUUUCAAGACGACUAUGCAUCUAUGUAUACUUGUAAACUCCCUGAAAAGUUGAGUGUAUGACCCUCAGGAUGGGAUUGUGUGUAUAAAUGAUAUUUGUACAUUGUGUAAUAAUCAAAUAUGAAUUAAUUUUUUCCCAUUGAACAGAAUCGCAUGUGUGACAGAGAUAUCUCAAUCUCUGAGGGAAGAUUUUUAAGGUGCCAAACACGGGGCUUGCCUCAAAAACAUAUUGUAAUGAAACACAAUGUUGCCAUGACGUCAUUGUAUAAUCUGAUACUUUCUGUCACUACCCGUCAUACAUUAGGGGUGACUCAUUGUAUAAUCUGAUACUUUCUGUCUCUACCCGUCAUACAUUAGGGGUGACUCAUCGUAUAAUCUGAUACUUUCUGUCACUACCCGUCAUACAUUAGGGGUGACAGAGAAAAUGUCAGACAAAUCUGUGAAUGAUUGGAAAAUUGUUUCUCUUUCCCUGUCGGCCCAUUAUUAUAUGAUAUAUAUUAUUAAUAUAAUUAUUAUUGACAUGAAUAAAUUCUCGAAGUGAC